AUGGUGCGUAAGCGCGCCUUCAAGUUGCCCGAGCGUCUUGCUUAUUCCGACUUACCCGUAUCGACGUACACGGUCGGUCUGCCAAGAUAUGCCACCGAAGCUGCACCGUCUGGCGAUGCUCCCAUACGUGGGGCACUAGAUAACAGACCAGCGCAUGAGAGCUCAGGCUGGCUGGUACACCCAGCCCAGCCGAGUGCGGCUUAUCUUUUCCGAUCUAAUCGCAACCAGUGCCGAAAGCAAUCUCUGACCAAUGACAGCAGCCGGGAUCCGGCACGAGGAAGCCAUGCGAUUGGUCGCACGGCGAGUGAGUCAAAGAAGGGCUUCUCCGAAUUGGAGAAAGUGGAGACAUCGGUUUCCCCAACCCAGGACAGAAUUUGCGCGUGCGGCGCUGCUUUGGCUUUUGCGCGGGUAUCGGCCGACAUUCGUGCUGCCCUUGAUAUUCGAUCAAGUCAUCUGGCAUCGAAUAUCGGGACUGGGGAGUGCGAUAGGUUGACAGCAUGA